CGAAUCAACGCAUUUUCCAGAUUCAAGAAGGGCAGGGCGGCUGGCCCCCGCAAGAGGAGAGCUGCUUCUCAGACUGCUUGUUGUGCUAUCAGAUGAGAUUUAAGAUUGAACUGUGUGGUUAGUUGGUUUUUUACCCUACACACAGACAGAAUAGUUUGCAUCCUAAAAGCACAGGAGGGAAAAUGACAGAUCCUGUUGUAGCAGACACUCGCCGGUUGAAUUCCAAACCCCAGGACCUGACGGAUGCUUACGGCCCCCCGAGCAAUUUUCUGGAAAUAGACGUUUAUGAUCCACAGAUCGUGGGAGUCGGGCGGAACCGUUAUACAACUUACGAAGUUCGGAUGAGGACAAACCUUCCUAUUUUCAAAUUGAAGGACUCAUGUGUGAGGAGAAGAUACAGUGACUUUGAGUGGUUAAAGAAUGAGCUGGAAAGAGACAGUAAGAUUGUAGUACCACCUUUGCCGGGCAAAGCCCUGAAGAGACAGUUGCCAUUCCGUGGAGAUGAGGGCCUUUUUGAGGAGGCCUUCAUCGAGGAGCGGCGAGUCGGGCUGGAGCAGUUCAUCAACAGAAUUGCGGGUCACCCCUUGGCCCAGAACGAGCGCUGUCUUCACAUGUUUCUUCAGGAGGAAACCAUUGACCGUAACUACAUUCCUGGAAAAGUAUGAAUGAAAACAGAUACACCUGCGCCUGCUCUAUGUACAUUUAUUUCUACAUCACGUUAAUACAAAGCUGAUGGGAAUGUGAGAAGUCUCCGGAUAUGCGAGAGGAACACAACUCCUGGACAAAAACCUAAAAUCAAUGUAUGAAUAAGUUCAUUUGGUCAUUCCACAUACCAUAUGUACAUUACUUUGAAUAAAUUGGUUAAGAAGAAAAAGUGCUAUAUACAGUAUAAACUUUAAUCUUUUUGUUUAAUUUUUUAACAAUGAUUAUGUUUUCUGUUCGCUUUCCAGUUGGUUUGAUACAAAACUGUCAUUUGCUUUCAUUGGUGUUCUAGCGUUCUUUUCACGAUAGCCUCCCAAAGUUACGCAACAUGUAGCAUUCCUGAAAAAGACAGCAACUUGUCAUUCCGGUCAGCAUAUUUUCCCUUGAAUUACACUUUUUUUCUAUGUUAUUUGGAUGCUAUUAAAACAGGUUCAAGUGUUAACCCUGAUUGUUAGUUACUGAAUCAGCAUGCCUACAUAUUGGCUGUAUGUGGUCAGAUCAGCUAGUAAUAAAGUUAAGUUAGGUAAACACCCAUAAUCUAAGCACUGUGACAAGCGGUUCAUUACAUGAACAAUAUUUUUUUUGCGGAUCUGUUUUCGGGGGGAUAUAAUAUAAGGCUUCAUUUGGUCUUACUUCCUGCUGUUUGAUUCUUCAUCAAAAUUAUUGUGAAGUGUAUUAUUAUUAUUAUUAUUACUACACGCUGUCAUUGCAGUUCCACUUUGGGUGGUGAGGAGGAACCUUGUUAAUUCUGUCCACCAAUAAAUUUCCUGCUGGCUGCUG